AUGUCCUCUUCGGCUCACUUCCCCGACCGUGACAAUUUCCAAUGCCGGUCAGACGAGUUUACUACCUGGCUAUCAUCUAGGCCUGGCGUCAAAGUCAACUCCAAGAUUCGUAUUGCGGAUCUAAGAGCCAAUGCUGCUGGGCGAGGUGUCGUGGCUCAAGCCGAUAUCGACGAAGACGAAGAACUUUUCGCCAUCCCCCGAGAUCUCGUCCUCUCAACCCACAAUUCGAAACUAAAGGAUUUGCUCUCGCAGGACCUUGAUCAACUCGGCCCAUGGCUCUCUCUGAUGCUGGUCAUGAUUUUCGAGUAUCUGCAAGGCGGCAAAUCUACUUGGGCGCCGUAUUUCAAGGUUUUGCCUCAGAAUUUUGACACACUUAUGUUUUGGUCGCCGGAAGAGCUGGAAGAGCUUCAGGGAAGCGCUGUUGUUGAGAAGAUUGGGAAGCAGGGAGCUGAAGAGUCUAUUCUCAAGCUCAUCAUUCCUGUUGUUCGAGCGAAUCCUGCUUUAUUUCCUCCGAUCAAUGGACUUGCUUCGUAUGAUGGUGAUGUGGGUGCUCAGGCACUCCUGGGCCUCGCUCACACGAUGGGGUCUCUAAUAAUGGCCUACGCAUUUGACAUUGAGACACCGGAGAAUGAAGAUGAGCGGGAAGGCGAAGACGGGUACCUCACUGACGAAGAGGAAGAACAGUCUUCCAAGGGCAUGGUGCCUCUGGCUGAUAUGCUGAACGCGGACGCGUACAGAAAUAACGCCCGUCUAUUUCAAGAAGAGGAAUCGUUGGUAAUGAAGGCAAUCAAGCCCAUCCGGGCUGGUGAGGAGAUCUUCAACGACUAUGGAGAGAUUCCUCGCUCUGAUCUUCUGAGACGGUACGGCUAUGUUACCGAUAACUAUGCCUCAUACGAUGUCAUUGAGCUCUCUCUCGACACGCUCUGCUCCUCUGCCGGCCUCAGCGAUUCCAGCAUUGAAAAUCAGCCACGGCUCGAAUUUCUGGAAAGUCUAGAACUUCUAGACGACGGCUAUGCCAUUUCUCGGCCAUCGCCUAACGAUACGCUAACGGAUAUUAUUCCGGAGGAGCUUGUCGUCCUCCUCAAAACUCUGACGCUAUCACCGGAGCAGUUCACCCACCAGCAGCAAAAGCAGAAACCGCCGAAAGCAGCCUUCGGCCAAGAAGAAGCAAAAAUUCUCUUCGAUUCGAUCCUAAUGAGCGAGAAACGAUACAGCACUACGAUAGAGCAAGACCAAGAGCUCCUCGCUCAAAUCAAUCAAGUUGAAGCCGUUUCUCCUCUUGAGGGAUCAGACCGACGACGCAAAAUGGCUAUACAAGUUCGAUUGGGCGAGAAGGAGAUCUUCGAGGCUGUAAAGGCCAAGAUCAAUGAUCACUUUACAAACAGCUCGACUUCAAAGCGUAUUGCAGACAGUAACGGCGACGAUUUGAGGAGAACGAAAGUCCAGAGAACAUAA